CCCAGCGACGUCCUUGCGGUCAUGUUGCUUCUGGGCAGACAGCUGAAGUUGAUGGCUGUAGAGUCGGGCACCACGGGUCUCAGACUUCGUCAUCCUGGUCUGCAUGACUUUCUGAGAUUCUGAGUUUAGGUUGCCAGCUCCUGCUUUUGGAAGAGACCAGACUCCGGCUCCGCCCCGGCCUGUGCCGGGUGGUUUGCGACCCUGCGCCCGUGACCAGCCCCACCGAGUGAUCCGUCUGCCUUCGGGUCCACCCGAGGGUCCGAACGUCGAGGACCUCUCCCAUCCACAAAACCAGUGUCCUGAAGAUCACUCUGGACAAAGAGAAGGAUGCCACUCUUCUUCCGAAAGCGGAAACCCAGCGAGGAGGCUCGGAAACGCCUGGAGUACCAGAUGUGUCUGGCAAAAGAAGCUGGGGCAGAUGACAUUCUUGACAUCUCUAAAUGUGAGCUCUCAGAGAUUCCAUUUGGGGCUUUUGCAACAUGCAAAGUUCUACAGAAGAAGGUGUUGAUUGUCCACACGAAUCACCUCACCUCCCUGCUUCCUAAAUCCUGCAGUCUCCUGAGCCUCACAACCAUCAAGGUUCUGGAUCUUCACGAUAAUCAGCUGACAGGUCUUCCUGACGAUAUAGGGCAGCUGACAGCCCUGCAGGUGUUGAAUAUGGAAAGGAAUCAACUGACAUAUCUCCCACGUUCCAUUGGGGACCUGAUCCAGCUGCAGACCCUCAAUGUGAAAGAUAACAAGCUGAAGGAGCUUCCAGACACCUUGGGGGAAAUUCGGAGCUUACGUACUCUCGACAUCAGUGAAAACGAGAUUCAGAGAUUGCCACAGAUGCUGGCUCAUGUUCGAACCCUGGAGACUCUGAGCCUCGAUGCUUUGUCCAUGGUCUACCCUCCACGGGAGGUGUGCAGUGCUGGCACCGAGGCCAUCCAGCAGUUCCUCUGCAAAGAGUCAGGGCUGGAAUACUACCCCCCUUCUCAGUACCUGCUGCCAGUUCUGGAGCAAGAUGGAGCUGAGAACUCCCGGGACAGCCCCGAUGGGCCCACAGACAGACUCUCAAAGGAGGAGCUAGAGUGGCAGAAUAGGUUCUCAGACUAUGAGAAGAGGAAGGAACAGAAGAUGCUGGAGAAACUGGAGUUUGAGCGGCGCCUUGAACUUGGACAGCGAGAGCAUGCCCAGCUCCUUCAGCAGAGCAACAGUCAGAAGGACGAGAUCCUUCAGACAGUUAAGGAGGAGCAGUCCCGGCUGGAGCAGGGCCUGAGUGAGCACCAGCGCUACCUCGACGCAGAGCGGCAGCGGCUGCACAAGCAGUUGAAGCAGACAGAGCAGAACAUCUCACACCGGAUCCAGAAACUCCUGGAGGAGAAUCAGAGGCAAAAGAAAAGUUCCGAGAUUUUGAAGUCGCUGGAAAAUGAGAGAAUAAGAAUGGAACAGUUGAUGUCCGUAACCCAGGAGGAGACAGAGAACCUGCGGCGACGUGAGAUUGCCUCCGCCAUGCAGCAGAUGCUGACUGAGAGCUGCAAGAACCGGCUCAUCCAGAUGGCCUACGAGUCUCAGAGGCAGAACUUGGUCCAGCAGGCCUGUUCCAGCAUGGCCGAGAUGGAUGAGCGGUUCCAGCAGAUUCUGUCGUGGCAGCAAAUGGAUCAGAAUAAAGCCAUCAGCCAGAUCCUGCAGGAGAGUGCAAUGCAGAAGGCUGCGUUUGAGGCUCUCCAGGUGAAGAAAGACCUGAUGCAUCGGCAGAUCAGGAACCAGAUUAAGUUAAUAGAAACUGAGUUAUUGCAGCUGACACAGCUGGAGUUAAAGAGGAAGUCCCUGGACACAGAGACACUACAGGAGAUGAUCUCAGAGCAGCGCUGGGCCCUCAGCUCCCUGCUCCAGCAGCUGCUCAAAGAGAAGAAGCAACGAGAGGAAGAACUCCGAGAGAUCCUGACGGAGUUAGAAGCCAAAAGCGAAACUAAGCAGGAAAAUUACUGGCUGAUUCAGUAUCAACGGCUUUUGAACCAGAAACCCUUGUCUUUGAAGCUGCAAGAAGAAGGCAUGGAGUGCCAGCUGGUGGCCCUCCUGGUGGAGCUGUCGGCCGAGCACUACCUGCCCAUCUUCGCCCACCACCGCAUCUCACUGGACACGCUGAGCCGGAUGAGCCCCGGGGACCUGGCCAAGGUGGGCAUCUCAGAAGCUGGCCUGCAGCACGAGAUCCUGCGGAGAGUCCAGCAGCUACUGGACGCGGCCAGGAUCCAGCCAGAACUGCUGAAACCACCCAAGGGAGAGGUCCUUGGGCCCCCAGUGUUCCCCACCGCCCCCCAGGAGCCUCCUGAGGUGGUAAGGCCGUCGGCUCGUCCCGCAGAGCUGGGGGUGCAGACCUCAGAAUGUGUCGUGUGCCUGGAACGGGAGGCCCAGAUGAUCUUUCUCAACUGCGGCCACGUCUGCUGCUGCCAGCAGUGCUGCCAGCCACUGCGCACCUGCCCGCUGUGCCGCCAGCAGAUCGCCCAGCGCCUCCGCAUCUACUACAGCAGCUGAGCGCCUCCACCAGGCACCAGCACACCCCUGCUCUAGCCAGACUAGUAUGAGGUCCCCACCCCCAUCCAGGCCUCUUUCCCUGCAGCCUGGGAGGGUGCCACCCCCUUGAUCUCCAAGCAUGCCAGGGCCGGGGGUGGGGUGUUGCUGGUCUGAAUACUGUGGACGAAGAGAGAGGGGUUAGUUGGUCUCCUGGUGCCAGAGCCCCUCACUGCCGGGGACGGGCAUGGAGUGGCAGCUGUGCCACCCCUGAGCACGAGAGUGAGUGUCCUGGCCAAGUCAGGGUACCACCACUCCCCGACUGUGGGACCAUGGG